GACCUGAGGUUUGCUGAGCCAAGCCUGGCCAGGUCAAGUCGGAAAGUAAUGUGAGCAUGUUGCCGGCGUUGUCAUUGUUUUGAAAAAAGUUUGGAAAGUGCGUGUGCGACUAGCGUUUACUUUCUUUUUGUAUCCCAAACACCUCACCGUGGUGAAACAAUGGACGCCGCGAAGGCGGAAUGCGUCGAGUCUGACAGUAGUCAUGCCUUUCGUUCAGUUGCCAGCGGUGUCAUCCCGAGCAUCGUCGCGUCCGUCUGCAUUGAAGGUUGUGAUACAGAUAUAUCCAUCAUGGAGUUUACGGACAAGCUGUUUGUCGUGAUUUCCCAGUACAAGAAACUCGGCACCCUCGUGCUGGUAACAAAAGAUGCUGCAAACUGUGACGAUCCCCAGAAGCUUGUGUACACCACGAAAGUGCUGUUUGGAAAGGACGAGGCAGAGGUAGAUGCGACUGCCAAGCUCCUAGCAACGACAAUCAAGUCCUCAAAGACUGUUCUCCUAAGCCUUGCCUUGAAAAAGUUCUCACCAACAAUUGUGCGAAGCAUUGCAGCAGCUGUGGCCACCCAACUUGUGUCCUUCAAUUCCCCAGUGCACCAGAAUGUAAUACCUGGUACUAGCUAGUGACUGUGUGUGAAGUUUUUGUUUAUGUUAUAAAUGGGGGGCAAGCACCUGUCAAAAAAGCUUGUAUGGUUAUUGAUGCGAGUGAAGAGUGUUCAUCUCCGAACAGCAGACAAGGUCUCCACUUCUAGUAUCUAUUGUGCAUAAAGUUCUUAGUAUCUUUUUUGAUGGCAGUGCUAAAGUGGAGCAUUUUAAUUGCAGUUCAAUGGAGACCACUGUGUCGAACGAGGAUGUGAUUACGGAGGUGAAAUUCAGUGUUGUGUGAUCAUCAAUGUAAAGAGGAAUGCGGGCACUGGAAUGGAAACCUUAGCCAAAUGCAACGUCUGGCUCACUUGGCAGAAAAGCUGAAAAGGCAAGAAAUGAAUAGGUGUGCAGAGUUACCACAGUGAUGCGCACCUUUUACGCUAUGUCCAGUGGCUCUUGUACUCGUGAUCUGCAGCAUGGAAAAGCCUCCACAGUCUUUCUGUACUGUUGUUUGAAACUCUCAACAUCUGUGAAAUUUAUUACUAGUACAAGCAUACUGGGCUGCAAGUUCCUGUUCAUAUUAAAAAUAAAGCUUGUGAAACGAGU